AUGUCAUCUACUCAGAGAAGCGAGGGUAUGAAUGCGUUUUUUGAUGAUUACAUAAAUUCAAAGACAACUUUAAAGCAGUUUGUAGAUCAAUAUGAUAAUGCACUUAGACGCAAGAAUGAGAAUGAACUUGCAGCUGACUUUAGUUCAUUCCACACACAAAUUCCGUGCAUUACUUUUUAUGGCAUUGAGAGGCAGUUUCAAGCAGUUUAUACAAAUGCAAAAUUUAAAGAAGUUCAAGAAGAGUUAAGAGGUUUGAUUUAUUGUUGUGCGUCAAUGGUUCGAAGUAAAGGAGGGAUUUUUACAUAUCAUGUGGCUGAUCAAGUCCAAGUUAUGGACGGGUUUAGAAAAAGUACAAAAUAUGUUGUUGAGUUUAACGAAGAAGAGUGCGAAGCUAGCUGCACAUGUCAUUUGUUUGCUUUUAAGGGCAUUUUGUGUAUACAUGCCAUCCGUGUGAUGACACUCCAUGAUAAGGAAGAGGUGCCUGCAAAAUAUAUACUUGAUAGGUGGAGGAAGGACCUGAAACGAGAUUACACACUUGUCCAAAGUAGUCGCGAUGAUCUGAGUUAUAGUCCAAAUGCACACCGAAUGAAUAAAUUGAACAAGGCUUUUUACGAGAUUUCUUCAAUUGCAAGCACCUCAGAUGAAGGUUGUGCGAAGUUAAUGACUCAAUUAAGUAAGUUGAAGCUGGAGUGGGUUGAGGUCCAACCAGUAUGUGAUAAUCAUUCUACUGAGUCAUUAAGGGUGACAAAGGGGCCUGAAAAAUUAAAAAGUCCUGUUGCUGCUCGCAGUAAAGGUAGGCCAGUUUCUAAGAGGAAACAAUCAUCAGCUGAGAAGGCAGUGAAUCGGUUGAAAGCAAGAAAGACUCAAAGGCUAAGUCAGAAUAGGUCACGCCUAGAUAGAAACGUUGUCGCAGAUGUUGGCUCGCUUAGCUUGCCUGAGCAUGAUUUUCCUAGAGCCUCUACUGCUCAAUCAGCUAUGGUACAACCGUUUUUCCAACUCUUGGAUGAUGUUAACUCUUAUGCUACUCCUACACCGAUAUCUGAUCAUGGCUCGUUUUGUAACCCUAGUUGA